UAUGAUGCAACACAUUAAUUUUGUAAUCUAAUCAAGACAAGUAGAUAGUCCAAAUAAGGACUGUUUAAUACGUAAAUAAGAAUUUAUCAAAUUUAACAUUAGUCAUCUGGAUUAGAUGUAUUAAUUUUUAUUUAUUCUUUCAACACCUAUUAUCAUAUACUGUGAUAUUAACAUUGAAACAUAUAAAAAAAUAUCUGCAUUUGAAAACAAGUCUUUUAACUGAUCGUGGAUUCAACAUCACACAUCAAUAGUGUCAUGCAAUUAUUUGUCAAGGUCAAUUUUGAUUGACGACUACUGUGUCACUUAGAUAUAUAGACGAUAAAUUAACAUUAUCACAUGCGUACAUACAUGUAUAUAUACAUAUACAUCAGUGUGGUCAUCAGACACGUUUCAUAUUUACUUCGUUUAAACGUUUCACGGUUGGUUGAAAUGUCAUUUAAAUCGUCGAGGAAGAAGGUUUCAUGUCUAUACGAAAGAUAUUUAUAUUAAAGUUAUGUCAGAUUCAAAUUUAGUGUUUAUCUAUUAAUCAAUGAUAAAGAAUAAUAAUUAAUCAAGAUAAAAACUUGCGAUAAGAUGAAAUAAAGAAAGAUAAACUUUAUCCUACUUAACGUUUACUUAUUUUAACGGCGGAAUUAUUUUCAUUGACAAUUUAUGUAAAACAAAGUAUUUUAACAAUGAUAAGUGUUUUAUUUGUUAUUCAAAUUCUAUGUUCCAUUUUUUUACCAUUAUGGCUAUAUAUUUGGAUUAGCAAAACAGUUAAGAAAUACAAUUCAUCAUGUCUAGAUUUGAAACAAAACAUCCCACAUAUUUAUUUUUUAUUAAAAUAUUUGUGGGCAGAGUAUUGUAUUAAUUGGAUGAAGAGAAGAGAAAAGAAUGUUUCACAUUUACGUAAUGAAGAAAAACGUCAUCUAGCAGAAUCAAAAAUCAAAGAUAAAGAUAGUGCCAAUAGUGUAUUUUUUUACGGUACAGAUCAAAAAGGAAAUUCUCUUACAAUUAAAUUCACUCGCAGAGCGUUUAAAAUAGCAGAAAUAUCAUUGCAACUUGCUACAUCUGAUGGUCGACUAUAUGUUUUGCCUGAAUAUCCCGAGACUACUUUGACAAGUAGUUUAACUCACGAAUGGACAGCAGGUGGCCUUAGAAUUGAAUUUUUAGACUUCCAACAACGCUGGAGAAUAAUUUACAAUGGAAUGCUUAGGAACUUAACUCAAGGUGAUGAAUGUAACGACGAUAAUGUUGAACAUGUUCGCUUCAAUUUCAUAUUUAUUGCAUAUACCCGAUCAUUGAAAUGGCCAGAAGAUUGGAGUUCAAAAUUACAUGCUGAAGCGUUAGCCUGUGAUCCUUGGAAGAGUCAUCAAUGGAUAAAUAAAAUAAAGUUAUUAGAAUAUAAAGGUUUCGAUCAAUGGGGAUCUAUGUUAGGCCAAGUAACUUAUAAAGAUGGAUCUAUUUCUUCGCUGUAUUUGCGCGGACUUCAUCAACAUCGUUGGGGAAAACACGAAUCUUAUGAGUUUUACGAAUCAGUUACUUUAUUUGGAAUAAUGUUGCAUGGUGCCAUGUACUAUCUUAAUAUGAGCAGUACAAAACAUAGUUUUCCACAAAUACAACUUGGUCAAUACAGAACUAGUAAUGAAAGUCAAUGUGAAAUUAGCAAAAUAGGACUCAAAUUAUCAGACUUUAAACAAGGAAAACUUAAUAAUAAUUUAGAAUAUAAAACGUGGUUUAUAGCCGAAAAUAAAAGAUACGAUAUUAUCAUAAAGCCUAGUAAAACAAUAACACUAUACUACGGUCAACCGUGGAACUCAUUAAACAAAAUUGUCACCGUGAAUUUGGAAAUGAAUGGGAAAACAGGUGUUGGAUUACUGCAAUUGUGGUCUCUUUAUAAUGGACCACAUAAAGGAAAAACAAUUGUACCUCUACAAUUGUUGAAGCAACUUAGUAGUGCAGUGCAAAAAAACGAUUACGUUAUAUAUUUCAAUGAUAGAAAAUGUCAAAAUGAAAAUAUUGUCGGUGGGAAAGGAUAUUCUCUCGCAAUGUUAACUUCCGUUAAGGAUGCAGAGUUUGUUGUACCAAGAGGAUUUUGCGUGACUGUUUUCGCUCUCGAGUUGCAAUUACGUACACACAAAGAAUUGCAAAAAGUAAUUAACGAUAUCGAGAAUGUCAGUGUUGGGAAGAAAGAUGGUGAUCUUCAAAAAUAUUGCAACGAAGCUAUGCGUAUUAUCGAGUCGACUCCUGUCGUUGACGAAGUGAAAGAUUCAAUUUUAAAAGCAAUAGAAAGCUUAGAGUCAGAAAACAGUAGUGAUAAACCAUCUAGAUAUGCAAUAAGAUCUAGUGCUGUAGGUGAAGAUAGUGAGGAAACUUCAGCAGCCGGUCAAAAUUCAACCUAUUUGAGUAUCCAAGGUGAAGAUAAUAUUGUCAAGAGUGUAGCCAAAUGUUGGGCAAGUUUGUUUUCAUAUCAAAGUGUUAAAUACAGAAAACAACAUGGUAUGUUUGUAAAAACAUCUAUGGGAGUAUGUGUACAAAGAAUGGUGAACGCUGAUGCUGCUGGUGUCAUGUUCACCAGGCAUCCAACUACUGGAGAUCCAUCGAAUAUUCUUAUUACGGCUAAUUACGGAUUAGGAGAGUCUGUUGUUUCAGCAACAGUUGAACCAGACACGAUAAUUGUUCACAAAAGUUGGGAUGGUAAAUUAACUGUGAAAAGUUCAUUAGCGGGGAAUAAACAACAAAAGAUACUAUCAAGUGAUAAUGGAGUUGUUACGAUUGAACUCAAUGAGCAAGAAAAUAAAACAGUUUGCUUGUCAGAACAAAUCGCUCUGCGACUAGCUGCUACAGGAAUGGAUUUAGAAAUGUUGUUCGGUAGUGCCAGAGACAUAGAAUGGGCAGUGGUCAAUGAAAAUAUUUAUUUGCUUCAAGCUCGACCUAUUACUACUUUAUAUACGUGGACAGAUUUUGAAUUGACACACGAGUUGGAUUCAGGCGUUCCUAGCGAUAUUGACAUGUUCACAUUUGCUAACGUGGGCGAAGUAUUUCCAUAUCCGUUGUCACCUUUGGCAAUUUCUAUGACUAUAAAAAUAUUGAACCAUUUAACGUGUAUAUAUCAGGGUACAGAUAAUAUUUUCUUUCAUAUCGUUGGUAUGAGAACUUGCUUAAACUAUUAUAAUACGUUUUUACGACAACCUAGCAAAACUGUAACACUUCUUAACAAAGUCUCGGAUAUUGGUAUUUGCGGACAUGUUAUAAUAACUCCAGAAAUAAUGGAAGUUGCUCGUGAAAGAAACGGCGAAUCUACUCGUUUAGAUCGAAUUUUGUUGCUGUACAAAAUGGUACUAAGUACAAUAAAUAAUGGUAAAAUAGAAAAAACUGCAAAGAAGAUUCGCCAGGACUUGAAUUUAAAUAUAGACGAUUAUCAUACUGCUUAUAGUUUAUACAAUAAAAUUAACCAACGUAAAGAUGUAGUGUCAAAGGCAGGGGUAUGUCAUAUGUAUGCAACAAGAGUCAGUAUCAUUUAUCAAAUGUUAGCAAUGGGAUUACUAACAAAUGGCUAUGAAGAUAUCGUGCAAGAGCACUUCUCAGAUAUUGCAAUUUUAUUAGGUUCUUGCAGCGACAUUGUUAGUGGUGAUGUGGUAACAAGGCUUAAAAAAAUAGUGCUUUAUAUUAAAAGAAAUGAAAAAGAUGAAGAGUUUAGAGAAGUUGAUCCAACUAAAGGUAUCGAUUGGUUAAAAGUUAAUUGUCCACAAGCUGCAAAGGAACUGGACGUUCUUCUUAAAGAGCACGGACAUAGAUGUAUUCAAGAAAUGGAUUUUAUAUCAGAGCCAUGGUCUCUUAGACCCCAUGAUCUUAUUAGUACGCUUCAGAUAAUGAUGGUGGCUCCGAAAUCGAACAAUUCAAAUAAAUCACUCAACGUGGAAGAAACAGUAGCGCAAUUGAAAACACCAAAGAAAAGAUUUACUAAAUGGAUUUUGAAGAAGGUUGUACCCCUAUCUAGAAAAGCUGUUGUUCGUCGAGAAUUGACAAAGUCGAUAUUUGUGUAUGUUAUACAUAUAUUUAGACUAGCUUACAGAAGACUAGGAAAACUGAUGGUUUUAGAGGGAUAUCUACCCAGCGAAGACUUAAUAUUCUUUUUAACACAGGAAGAAAUAGGAAAACUGUUGACUGAUCAUGAUACAGCAUUAGUACAAAAAGCUUCUCGUAGGAAAAGAAUCUUUCCUCAGUUAAAAAAACUGGAGUAUCCAGAAAUUAAUACUGGUUUGCCGACCCCUGCGAAGAACGACGUAGAUAUAGCAGUAGAUGAAAAAUCUGAAAAAAUUCAAGGAACGCCAGUGUGUGGGGGCUCUGUUCUGAAUAGAGCGUGCGUAAUCACGGAUUUAUCAGAAAUACACUCGUUAAAACAAGGUGAUAUUUUAAUUACUCACGCUACUGAUAUUGCCUGGAGUCCAUACUUCCCAUUACUCAGCGGUAUAGUUACGGAGCUGGGAGGACUUAUUAGUCAUGGAGCUGUAAUAGCUAGAGAAUAUGGUCUUCCAUGCAUAAUUGGAGCUAAGAAAGCUACACAAAUGUUUGAAACAGGAGAUACUGUGCUAUUAACCGCAGAUACUGGUGUUUUGCAGUUGGUGAAGAAACAUGAUUGAAAAGAUUACAAUUUUUAUUUUCUCUCUUAUCACGUGUAACUUAACAAUUUUUAAGGUGAAAUUUGUAUCGUUCAUUCACAUUAAUAGCGGUGUACGUGUAAACUGAAAUAAAGGGUAUUAGCAUUAUAUAAUAA